AUGGCAGUGCUACCUCCGGACCUGACACCCGCGUCUUCACCCAGAGGUGUUCAGUUCACUCCCCCUACAACCCCCGACACGUGCGAUGCAGAAAUCAGUCCAGGGGUAAAGACAUCACCAGGGACGUUUCCAGGGCAGGAAGCGGCCAGGGCCCACGUCCACAUACCUGAACAUGCUCCAGCUCCGUACUACCCGAUAAUGCACCCGUACGCAUACCCGCAUCAACCAUUCGGGGGAUUUCCAUACGGAUACGGCGCAGCGUUACCAUUUCCUGGAUUCGGUUAUCCCCCUUCGUUUGGGUUUCCAUCGCCGAUGACGAAUCUUCCAUUUCCAGCCGCCAGCUACAGCGGAAAUAGUGAUCAAAAAGAAAACAUUUUCUGUCCAGCCCAGGAACUGCCGAGACCCAAACAGCAUGACGUCAUCAGAAAGAAAAUAGACUCACUGACCAGAGAUCGUCCCGACGACUGCACAGAGGUCACGUCUAGAUCGAGCGACGGCGAUUCCCCGAGUCCCGUUCUAGGAAGAACACGGACUACGUCAUUCUCCAGUUCCGACGACACGACGAGGGUGUCCAACACCUCCCUGGAAUCCAUCAAGAACGACCCUUGCACACCCAGCCCCGAUAAACAGACGACGGCGGCGGUGAAGAAACGACGGACCAACUACACCGCUAGGCAGGUUCAGGCUUUGGAGAAAGUGUUCCAGGAAAACCCCUACCCCGACAGCGAGGUUAUGGAAGCUUUGUCCCACGAUAUCAACAUACCAGAGAAAAAACUAAAGAACUGGUUCCAGAACAAGCGAACUAGGAACAAAAAGAAAAUCCAAGAGAACCAUCAGCAGAUGAUCUACCCCUCAGCCCACCCGUACUACAUGCCUUCACUCCCUCCUCAACUGAUGCCGCCAUUCUCGCCGUAUUUCCCUCUGACGUCACCAAAUCCCAUGAUUCCCUCGACCGUGUCGCCAUCGUCCUUGACACCUCGAUCUACAUAUUCGUUCCCAGGAUCUUCUCCGUUGGGCCCCGUGCCGGGAAUGUUGCUUCCAACUCGGCAAUAUAACCCUAUGUCUCAACAAUGUUGACGUUGUUGUUGUUGUUGCUGACGUCGUGUAAAAACACAAAAACAAUUAGUGGUGCUAGAUUAAUGACUUGGUGCAAUGAACUGUUAUUAUUAUUUAUUGUGCGGUUGUAUGAACAAACAUUGUGG